AUGUUUCCUAUUGGCGACGGCGAGUCGAGCGAGUGUCCCGUGCGUCGCCAACUGCUUUGCGAGUGCCGAAAUUGUGACGUAUGGCUGGGUGCUGCAUGGCUGGGUGCUGCAUGGCUGGGUGCUGCAUGGCUGGGUGCUGCAUGGCUGGGUGCUGCAUGGCUGGGUGCUGCAUGGCUGGGUGCUGCAUGGCUGGGUGCUGCAUGGCUGGGUGCUGUAUGGCUGGGUGCUGCAUGGCUGGGUGCUGCAUGGCUGGGUGCUGCAUGGCUGGGUGCUGCAUGGCUGGGUGCUGCAUGGCUGGGUGCUGCAUGGCUGGGUGCUGCAUGGCUGGGUGCUGCAUGGCUGGGUGCUGCAUGGCUGGGUGCUGCAUGGCUGGGUGCUGCAUGGCUGGGUGCUGCAUGGCUGGGUGGCGUUACACGCUUGGCUGGUCGUCACCUUCCCGCGCUACAUGCCGGUCCCAAGCUGGACCAGUUUCCUUCCCCUGCCUUUAGUCGCAGUGCUACCCGCAGCAGCACGCUAGACAGCAACAGUGCUGUGCGUAUAGGCAGCAUAGCUACCUCCAGCGGUAUGACUUGCAGCAGCAAGCUAGGCAGCACUGGUGGGAGUAUGUGGACUCCACAUGGCAGCAGCAUCGGUUUUACCACCAGCAGCAACGAUAGAAGCUGCAGUGGCAGCAGAGGCGAUGGCGACGACAGUUUAUUGCUGGCAGGGGUGAAGCACAUCGUGGCUGUGGCGUUCGCGAAAGGCGGCGUCGGCAAGUCCACCACUGCUGCUGCACCUCACUGA